UCUCUAGACCUUCCUGAAAAGUAUCGCAGAAAACACACAGCUCUCUUUGAUCUUCAGGAUAAUGGCCUUUGUGAAGAUGUCUCCAUGCUACGUUGGUAACUACAGGGUAUCCUCCCGGGUACCGGGAACAGGCAGUGCCUUUAUGGCAAGCGAUACUUUUACAGGAGAAGCCGCCGUCGUCAAGUUUGGCAGAGGCGUCCACGGCAGCCGGAAAGUGGCCGCGGAGGGGUAUAUUCUAGGUCGGCUAGCGGGCACGCCAGGCAUCCCUCGUCUGCACUGGUCUGGAUGGCCUUUCGCGGACAAGGUAGAUGCAGCCAUUGUUGUCGACACACAUGGCCCCACCCUGGAGUCACUCUUUGACCAAGCCGGACGGCGACUUAGCCUCGGGACGGUAUUGCACCUGGCGGACCAGCUGCUUCGGCGAUUGGAGCACAUCCACUCACGGUCGGUGAUUCAUCAAGAUCUCUCACCACACACUUUGGCGCUAGGCGCCACCCGCCUGCACCGUCACCAGAUGUUCAUUGUUGAUUUUGAUUGUGCUGAAGUGACCAGCUGUCGAUCAAAGAUGCAUGCCAAUCUUAAAGCUCUGGGCCACAUCCUCAUCUACCUUCUCGGGACCAAUCUCUCCUGGGCGGCAUUUCAGAAGGUUGCUGAAGAUACUGGGACUUUUCCAAUCAACAACAUCCCCCCUCCAUUCCUGCUCUACCUGGACAGGAUUACAAGGGUGGAUUCCGAGGACUAUCAGCAUCUUCGUAAUGACUUUGGCUAUUUCCGUGAACUGCUAGGCAUAUCAGGUAAUUGCUGUCUUGAUUUUUCAAACAGUGUUCAGGAUCCAAGGGCGGGUCGUACUCUCUGCACCGCCGAGAAGAUAGAAAACAACAGAUCGGAUAUCAAGCACCUUUAUGAUAUGCUCCACCGCGCCGGCGGCAGCGUCAAAGGGACCGGUCUCCCGUUGAGCGCUGCACAAGAGGCAGGGCUGCUGGACUCUCUUUCGCGGACGCUGGGUCUCUAUAUGGACAUCUUGAUCUAUGAGAAGACAGCAUCGACAACACCGGCAGCUUUGACCCGGCCAUAUGAACUCCCGAACUGCAUCUGGAGGGAUAUGCGCUGGUAUCUCGCCAUGGCGGGAAGCAGGUCUAAAACAGUGAGGAAAGGUGUGAUGGAGCUGUGCUACAGCUUUGUGGCAGUACUUGUGGAAACAGUGCCGCGCUAUGAGCUACAGUGGUUGGCGGGGCUGAUUGCCCUCAGCAAUCGAAGGAAGGGCAUGGAAGACGAUGACUGGGAACAGAGAAUCUGGCAAUCGGUGGGAUUGAGAUGGCAGAAGCAGUACAGCAGAUUGUGGAGAGAAUGCUUUCCGAAUUCCACCGCUCUAUCAACAGAACCUGAGCUCCCGCUGCUCUAGUUUCAAACAGCGCCAGUGGUACGAAGUCACAUGAAUGAAAGUGCCCGUCUCCAGUCCAGUUCAACCUUCCGCCACCUGCUUAGAUACAUCCAAAAGAUUCCAUCCUUCCACCGUGCUGAAAUGCUUCCGCAGCAGGAUCACAUCCCAGCUUAUUGUGAAGCCGGUGGCCAUUGAUUUAAAACAUGUUGACCUCAUUCAAAUAAAGAAUCCUCCGCUGGUUCGGGGCACGCAGGGGGCUCAGUGUACGUAUUCGCUUGUAGAUAAUAGUGGGGGAGCGUGAGUUUCGGUUGAGCCUUUUGAAUGUUAAUAUGAAUCAGAUCACGACUGAACAACCGAC